AUGGCCAAACUCAGCCUACUACUACCACUACUACUACCUGUACUUCUCACCUUCGUCGCCACUUCUCUCUCUUGUCCUGAACAUCAAAAACAAGCCCUUCUCCACUUUAAAGCCUCCAUCAUCAAUGCUACUUCUUCAACAAAAAGCACAUUGAAUCGGUUAGAUUCAUGGAAUUCCAGCUCCGAUUGUUGCCACUGGGAUGGGGUCAAUUGUAGUUCUCACUUUGGUUCCAAGACUGUGCUAGCUCUAUAUUUGGACGAUAUCAUCACGUCAAAUUCACAGGAGCCAGUGUGGUUACCUUCCACCAUUUCGACACCGCUCUUUCACAUUAGAAGCUUGACGCACCUUGACUUGUCCAACAAUUCAAUACAAGGAGAAUUACCACGUGAUGGCUUUGGCAAUUUGACCAAAUUAGUUCAUCUUGAUUUGGGUCUUAAUAGCUUCAAUGGCUCCAUUCCCUCUCAAUUAUUUCACUUGAGGUAUCUUCAAUAUCUUGAUUUGAGUUACAAUUCAUUCCAGGGAGAAUUGCCACGUGAUGGCUUUGGCAAUUUGACCAAAUUAGUUCAUCUUAAUUUGGAGACUAUUUACUUCAAGGGCUCCUUUCCCUCUCAACUAUUUCACUUGAGGUAUCUUCAAUAUCUUGAUUUGAGUUCCAAUUCAAUACAAGGAGAAUUGCCAUGUGAUGGCUUUGGCAAUUUGACCAAAUUAGUUCAUCUUGAUUUGUGGGAUAACAACUUCAAUGGCUCCAUUUCCUCUCAACUUUUUCACUUGAGGUAUCUUCAAUAUCUUGAUUUGAGUUCCAAUUCAUUCCAGGGAGAAUUGCCACGUGAUGGCUUUGGCAAUUUGACCAAAUUAGUUCAUCUUGCUUUGGGUGGUAAUCACUUCAAUGGCUCCAUUCCCUCUCAACUUUUUCACUUGAGGUAUCUUCAGUAUCUUGGUUUGAGUUACAAUUCAUUCCAUGGUACUCUAAGUGGAGAAGUAGCAUCUCUUCAAAAUUUGAGGGUAUUGCAACUGGAUGGUACUUUUUCUUCGGAAAAUAUCCCUAUGGAGAUUCCUAAGGAGAUAACGAAUAUGACAAAGUUGCAGGAAUUCUCUCUUAGAGGAAACAAUUUCUUCGGUAAAAUUCCGUCUUCAAUUCUAAAUUUGAAGGAAUUGAAAAUAUUGGACUUGAGCUACAAUUCAUUGUCAGGGGAAAUUCCUGCUGAUAUUGGCAAUCUAUCUAACAUAACUAAUUUGUUAUUGAUUGACAGCAAGUUGACAGGCAGAAUCCCAUCAUCUAUACAGAAGUUGACAAAGUUGGAAACACUUUGUUUGGACAAUAACAUGCUUGUUGGAGAAAUUCCGUCCGGGUUGUUCAAUAUCAAGGGCUUGAAGAGUCUUGUGCUUGGAGGCAAUCAUCUCACUUGGAAUAACAAUGCAAAGAUAGUGCCGAGGUUCAUGCUAUCUGAGUUGUCUCUGAAGUCUUGUGGUCUUGUAGGAGAAAUUCCAAACUGGAUUUCUACACAGAAGACUCUCAAAACCUUGGACUUGAGUGAGAACCAACUAGAAGGAACGUUCCCGCAAUGGCUUGCUGAAAUGGAAGUUGUAAGUAUAAAGUUGUCAGAUAACAAUCUCACAGGUUCUCUCCCACCUUCUCUCUUCAACUUUCACAAUUUAGCUAUUCUUGACUUAUCUCAAAACAACUUCCAUGGAGAACUACCAAGCAACAUUGGUAAUGCCACUGCACUCAAAAUUCUUGGGUUGGAUGACAACAAUUUUUCGGGGAAGCUUCCGGCAUCCAUCGUCAAUAUUUCUGCACUCACAUUAUUAUGUUUGUCGAACAACAAAUUUUCUGGCAACACUUUGCCAGAUUUCAGGGCUAAUGAGCACCUCCAACUCAUUGAUUUAUCUUCAAAUGAAUUCUCAGGUGAGAUUCCAACAAACUUUUCCAAUCAUACAAAAAUUCUUGCAUUGGGCAAAAAUAAUUUUUUUGGCAAACUGUCCAAAAACCUUAUUCAUCUGGGCAAGCUUGAAUACCUAGACAUAUAUGACAACAAAAUUACAGGUGAAUUGCCAAACUUCAUCUUCCAAAUCUCCAACCUUCGUACCCUAAAUUUACGAAACAACUUUCUCCAUGGUUCAAUCCCUAAUUGUAUUUCCAAUCUUACUAAUAUCCAUUUUCUUGAUCUUUCAAACAAUUUUCUUGUUGGAGAAAUCCCUGCAAAGUUUGGAAAUCUUGUUAGUAUGGAAACAACCAUCGAAUUUUCAUAUCUCAAUGAUUCAAAUUUCGAUGAUCUUUUAUAUUUUAUGUCUUUAAACAUUUUUGAUAUCGCACUCGAGCAAUACAACAUAGAUGAUGUGACUAUUAUUUGGAAGAAGUCAAAACAAAAUCUAUCAUUGGAUAGACUCAACAUCUACCAUUUGUUAGACUUGUCAAUGAACCAACUUUCCGGUGAAAUUCCAGCUUCUUUAGGCAAUUUGAAAGCUCUAAAGCAUCUCAACAUCUCACACAACAACCUUUAUGGGAGGUUACCAACAAGUCUUGGUUGUUUAGAGAACCUAGAGAGUUUGGACUUAUCACAUAAUAAUUUAUCGGGCUCAAUUCCGCAAUCACUAGCAAAAUUGCAACAACUGACAACUCUGGAUGUCAGUAACAACAAACUCACAGGUAAGAUUCCAAUUGGUAACCAAAUGGAUACAAUGGAUGAUCCAAGUUCUUAUGCAAACAACAGUGGUUUGUGCGGAAUGCAAAUUCGAGUGCCAUGUCCAGAAGAUUUGCCACCAACAAAACCACCAAGGGUUGAAAAUAAGGAAACAUGGUUCUCAUGGGAAGGACUGGGAAUUGGAUACGCAAUUGGCUUCUUUGUAACAGUGGGAAUCCUAUAUCUUACUGAUAGUUUUGUACCCACAAAACCUCCAAAUUACCGCCAUCAACAAAGAAGGCAAAGAGUAUAA